AUGUGACCGAAGGGAUGUUGUAACAACAAACGCACCGCUCCCCCAAUGACCUCGCCCUCCCUGUUAUGAAACACCUAAAUUUUGACCAUUUUGUAAUUUCUAUCCAGGAAAAACGAUAAAUACAUAGCUAGUACGUUGACGCACCAGUGAUUUCGAAGAAGCUUUGAACAUCAAGUAUUGAAUGAGAAGGACUUUAGGACUGGUCAGAAACCUCCCACAAUGCUGAAAACAAUUGGGCAAGCUAUUUUUUCGACUACUUUGCAGAAUCCAAAGUUUACACCUAACGAGGAGAAUAAGGCUCCUGACUAUGAGGUCCGUACCUAUCAGACAACCAACUGGAUAAGCACUACUCUGACUGGUAUGGAGCAGCAGGCUGCGAUAAGCACUGGGUUCCGACGCCUGUUCAGCUACAUCCAGGGCAACAACCACAACAAGGAGAACGUGGAGAUGACAGCUCCAGUGACGUGUCUGGUGGACCCUGGGGCUGGCCCGGCCUGUGAGACCACCUUCACAGUGUCCUUCUAUAUCCCAGAGGAGCACCAGGCCGCCCCGCCCCUGCCCAGCGACCCAGAAGUCUUCCUGGAGAACAGAAAGGAGUUCACUGUGUUUGUCAGGACGUAUGGGGGUUUCACCAACAUGCAGAAGAGUCGUGAGGAGCUUCUGAAUCUGCUAGAGAGCCUCCAGAGGGACGGGGCACGCUACAAGGACAUGCCCUACUACGUCUGUGGCUAUGACAGCCCCUUCAAACUAGUCAACCGCAGAAAUGAGGUCUGGAUCCUCCAGAAGACAGAGCCAUAGUAACGGUUCAAAGGGGGUCCCUACCUUUCUCCUCGAAGUAUGCACUUGAACACUCAUUUAUUUAGAAGUAUUGGAUUGGUGUAGGCAUGGACGACCAGAUACACUUUAUAUCAGUGGAGGCUGCUGAGAGGAGGAUGGCUCAUAAUAAUGGGUUGAUCAGAGCAAAUGGAAUGGCAUCAAACACAUGGAAACCAUGAUGUGUUUGAUGUAUUUGCAACUAUUCCGCUUCAGCCACUACCAUGAGCCCAUCCUCCCCAAUUAAGGUGCCAGCAACCUCCUGUGCUAUAUAAACAAAAGUAUGUGGACACCCCUUCAAAUACGUGGAUUCAGCCAUUUCAGCUACACCCGUUGCUGACAGGUGUAUAAAAUUGAGCACACAGCCAUGCAAUCUACAUAGACAAACAUUGGCAGUAGAAUGGCCUUACUGAAGAGCUCAGUUGACUUUCAAUGUGGCACCGUCAUAGGAUGUUAGUCAAAUGUCUUCCCUGCUAGAGCUGCCCCAGUCAACUGUAAAUGCUGUUAUUGUGAAGUGGAAACGUCUAGGAGCAACAUGGCUCAGCUGCGAAGUGGUAGGCCACACAAGCUCACAGAACGGGACCCCCGAGUGCUGAAGCGCGUAAAAAUAAUCUGUCCUCAGUUGCAAGACUCACUUACAAACUACCUCUGCAAGUAACGUCAGCACAAGAACUGUUUGUCGGGAGCUUUGUGAAAUGGAUUUCUGUGGCUGAGCAGCCGCACACAAGCCUAAGAUCACCAUGCGCAAUACCAAGUGUCGGUUGGAGUGGUGUAGUGGAGUGGACUGGAGCAGUGGAAACGUGUUAUCUGGAGUAAUGAAUCACGCUUCACCAUCUGAUCCAACGGAAUAAUCUGGGUUUGGAGGAUGCCAGGGGGAACGCUACCUGCCCGAAUGCAUAGUGCUAUCUGUAAAGUUUGGUGGAGGGGAAUAAUGGUCUGGGGCUGUUUUUCAUGGUUUGGGCUAAGCCCCUUAGUUCCAUUGAAGGGAUGACGGGAAAUCUUAACAAAUAACAGCUACAUUCUAGACAAUUCUGUGCUUCCUACUUUGUGGCAACAGUUUUGGGAAGGCCCAUUCCUGUUUCAGCAACAAAAUGAGGUCAAUACAGAUGGUUUGUUGAGAUCGAUGUGAAAGAACUUGACUGGCCUGCACAAAGCCCUGACCUAAACCCCAUCGAACACCUUUGGAAUGAACUGGAAUACCCACUGCAAGCCAGGCCUAAUCUCCCAACAUCAGUGCCCGACCUCACAAAUGCUCUUGUGGCUGAAUGGAAGUCCCCGCAGCAAUAUUCCAACGUCUAGUGGAAAUCCUUCCCAGAAGAGUGGAGGCUGAUACAACAGCAAGGGGGGAGCAACUCUACUAAUGCCCAUGAUUUUGGAAUGAGAUGAUUGACGAGCAGGUGUCCACAUACUUUUGGUCAUGUAGUGUAGCUAUCUUAAAACAGUCUAUUAAUUUUCAAUCCGUGAGGGGGAGUCAACGGGUGCACACGUUGGGGAGGAAGGUAAGGAACUGAACAGAAUAGCACCCAUUCCCACUAUGAUUAGAAAAAGAUAUGCAGCUUUUUGAAGCAUAAUCACAAGUGCCUAAGCAAUGUCUGUGACCUUUUGUAAUAAUGAUACUACAGUAAUAACCUUUCCGUUGAUACUUAAAGAAACUAAGAGACAGAUGUCAAGGAGCUUUUUAGAUGCUCUUAAUAUUCAUGUCACUGAAGGGACUGAUGAUAUACUGUGGCUUCUAUUUGAGACUCCUUUCUACUACAUUUUGAAGUCCCUUGUAGUAUACAAAGAAUUUAACUCCAUUCCGUUAGAUGCUGGCAUGACAAGCACCUAUAUAAGCUAACAUUAGCACUUCUUCAGAAAAUGAAAUGUACAGGGAAGACCUUUGAACUUUCACACUGAAUUCCUGAUUCACUUAACUUUUGUUUUAAGCUUUUCAACUUUUGUGCUCUUUUACUUUGUACUUUUCAUUGUAGACGCCUUGCAUAUUCAAACUGCUAAUUAAUGGUGGCAACUAUAUACAUUUUACGGAGGACUUGGCAGUGUGGCUUAGCUCUGAGGGCUGCGUUGUAUGACUAGACAUGCUUAUGGACUAUUGCUGAACUAUGGAUUACUGUGAGAAAGUCUCAAUGAUGAUGUGAAAAUGUAAUGUGUGUCUGCAUCUUGUCGUCCCCCCCCCCCCCCCCCUCGCCCCCC